AUGUUCGGCUCACGCAACCGCUCAGCGACAUCAGACUAUGUCGACCGCGAGCGGGACGACUUCGACGCGCGGCCGUCGCAGGUCCCGCACAACCCGACUCGGCCGGUCGACAAGGACAGGGCAGAGCAGGAGCUUCAGCUGGCGAUGAAGAAGGCGACGAACCCGGAUGAGACGGCGCCGAAGCAGAAGCAUGUCAGGAAGGCCAUCGUCUACACCUGGGAUUACCGCUCGUCCGCCUCAAUCUGGGCUGCUCUCCGCGUCCAGCCCAUCCUUUCCGACGAGGUUCAGGCGUUCAAGGCACUCAUCACGAUUCACAAGAUUCUGCAAGAGGGUCACCCCGUCACUCUCAAGGAGGCGCAGGCUCAGACGUCCUGGCUUGAAACGUGCGCACGGACAGUCGGUACCGACGGGUCUCGCGGCUAUGGCUCGCUCAUCCGCGCCUAUGUCAAGCUCAUCCUCGCCAAGCUCAAGUUCCACCGCCACCACACCGCUUUUAACGGUCUCUUCGAGUAUGAAGAGUACAUCGCGCUGCGCGGAAUCGAUGACCCCAACGAAGGCUUUGAGACGAUCAUGGACCUGAUGGACCUCCAGGACGACAUCGACUCGUUCCAAAAGCUCAUCUUCGCGCACUUCCGAGGCUCGGCGAACAACGAGUGCCGCAUCUCUGCGCUCGUUCCGCAGGUCAAGGAAUCGUACGGUAUCUACCGCUUCAUCAUCAGCAUGCUGCGCGCGAUGUACCGCCGAACCGACUCGAUGGACGCCCUCGAACCGCUCAAAGAGCGCUACGACCACCAGCACUUUGCGCUCCGCAAGUUCUACUACGAGUGCUCAAACCUCAAGUACCUCACCGGUCUAAUCAACGUUCCGAAACUCCCGCAAGACCCGCCCUCGCUCAUUGACUCGGACGACACGCCCGACCUCCCUCGCCGCCCUCCACCUCAGAAGCAGCCAUCGCCUCCACCUGCGCCACCUUCCGCAGGUAUCGACAUUGAGGACCAGCGACGCGCACUCGAGGAAUACGAGCGGAAACAAGCUGCGCUCGUUGCGCAGCGCGAGGCUGAGGCUCGUCGCGUCAAGGAGGAGCAGGAGCGACAAGAGCGCGAGUUUGCGGAGCAGCAGAGGUUGCAGGCUCAGCGCGAGAGGGAGGCACAGGAGGCGCUUGAGCGGCAGUUGAGGGAGCAGCAGAUGAUGGGCAUGAACCAGGGGCGGAUUGCGGAACUCGAGAGGGAGAUCCUCGGCUUGCGAGGACAGUGGGAGCGCGACCAGAUGAUGCUCGAGCGGUACGAUGCGCGCGUCAAAGCACUCGAGGGGGAGCUCGCGAACGUCAACGCGACGAUCCAGCAGCAGCUCAUGUCGAAGGACCAGAUGCUCCAACAGCUGCAGGAUCAGGUUAACCUCUGGCGGAACAAGUACGAGGCGCUCGCCAAGCUGUACUCGCAGCUCCGCAACGAGCACCUCGAGAUGCUCGGCAAGUACAAGCAGAUGCAGCUCAAGGCCAACUCGGCGCAGGAGGCGAUCGACAAGAUGGAGCGCAUGGAGCGCGACGUCAAGGCCAAGAACCUCGAGCUCGCCGACAUGAUCCGCGAGCGAGACCGCGCCCGCUACGACCUCGACCGGAUGAAGGGUAGCCAGAAGGAGGAAGUCGAGCGGCUCAAGCGCGACUUGCGGUUUGCGGAGGAGCGCUUCGAGGAUGCCUCGAGGAGUAAGGGCUCCGAGGUAUCGACCGUCAUGGCCAAGUUCAACCGCCAGAUCGACGAGCUCGAAAUGUCCCUGCGAAACAAACAAGACCGCAUCGACGAGCUUCUCUCCAAGCUCGACGAGCAGCGCGGCGAGGCCGAUCGCGUCCGGGAGGAGAAGGAUGCCGAGCUCGCCAUCAUGCAGGAGGGCAUGGACGACACAAUCCGCCAGCUGUCCGAAAUGCAGGUCUCGCAGGGCGUCUCGGACGAAGCGAUGAACGCCCAGAUCGACACGCUCGUCCUCGACCAGGAGAAGAAGUUCAACGACAUUAUCGACUCGAUCUUGCAGGCUUGCGCUCACAAGGUCGACGACGCGCUGUACGAGCUCGAGUCACCUAUGCACGACGGCAACCAGAAUUCGACGCCGGAGUACACGCUUUCGAUGAUCGAAAAAGCGACGACGAGCGCGACCGAGUUCGCUAUGGUCUUCAACCUCUUCCUCUCGCGCGACAAGGGCGGCGAGCACGUCGAGGUCAUCAAGACCGCCAACAACUUUGCUCAGGCGCUGUCCGAGGUCCUCACCAACACGAAGGGUCUCUCUCGCCUCGCGCCCGACGACUCGGCCAUCGCUAACCUCGUCAAGACCGGCAAGCUUCCCGGCGACGCCGCUCUCAAGUUCUUCAACGCCGUCCAGUCCUAUCGCCUGCAGGGUGCGCAACCCGACGCCCGCCAGGAGGUCGUCAUCCGGAACAACAUGGAGGUUCGGAGCGCUCUCCAGAAACUUGCUUCGCUCGUCGAGGGUCUCAGGCCCAAGGCGGGCGCCGGUCUCGCCAAGACGAACGGCGAUUUGGGCGACCUCGUCGAGUCGGAGAUGCAAGCUGCCGCCAAGGCGAUCGAGGCGGCGACGCAGCGCCUUCAGGCCAUCAUGGCCCGCCCGAAGGACUCGCGCUUCUCGGCCACCGACCUGCAGGUCCACGACGCCAUCCUCGCCAGCGCGCUCGCCAUCACGAACGCCAUCGGCCGUCUCAUCAAGGCUGCGACGGACUCGCAGCAGGAGAUCGUCGCGCAAGGCAAGGGUUCGAGCACGCCGACCGCCUUCUACAAGCGCAACCACCGUUGGACUGAGGGCCUCAUCUCUGCCGCCAAGGCCGUCGCGCGCGCAACGUCCUUCCUCAUCGAGACGGCAGACGGCGUCAUCAGCGGGACGAAGACGCUCGAGCAGCUCAUUGUCGCUUCGAACGAGGUCGCUUCGGCCACCGCCCAGCUCGUCCAGGCGUCGCGCGUCAAGAGCGAGCUCAUGUCGCGCACGCAGGAGAACCUCGAAUUGGCGGCCAAGGCUGUGACGGACGCUUGCAAGGCGCUCGUUCGGCAGGUCAAGGCGAUCACGGAGGAGCAGAUGAAGCGGCAGGACGACUUCGACCCGGACGCGAUGAGCGCGCACGAGUUUAAGCUCCGCGAGAUGGAGGUCCAGGUCGAGAUCGUCACGCUCGAAAAGAACCUGUCGGAUGCACGGAGGCGACUCGGCAUCUAUCGCAGGUCGGCGUACCACAACGAGGAGUAA